AGUCAGGGAAAGCAAUUGAUUAGUUGGGUUUCUAUGCGAACCUGUUGAACCUGAAUCAAGUCAGAAUGAGUUUCUCGGCAUACUCCAUUUUACUGGCGGUGGCGCUACUUUUUGAAUGCCACACAGACUCAAUAGCAGUAUCUGCUGCCAAGAUCGAGGACUCCAGAAUGCUGAACGAUGCCUUUAGCCACGAGCCGUUCCUGAAUGAAGAGGUGGUUGACAAGGGCAUCAGCACCGCGCCAUCAAACCGCUACCUGGCCCCAGAAGGCACCGUGGGAAACGAAGGGGGAAACUCAAAGAUCUUCAUUUUCACAGACUUCGGCAUGAAAAAGAACUACAGAGGUCUCUACAGACCUGCCCUGUCCAUGGAUCUGCCGGCCAGACAGCUGCCCUACUACACCGUCAGAGAGCUGGAUGCAGAGCAGCCAGAGAAAGUCCAGGCCUUUGUGAAAGAGGAACGCAGGGACACCGAAUCAGACCUGAGCUCCAGCAUUCCAGUGGGCAGAAGAGACUUUGACAUGCUCAGAUGCAUGCUGGGAAGAGUAUACCGGCCAUGCUGGCAGGUGUGAGAGCCGAGGGCCAAGAGCACCCCAGCACUGCCCAUGCUCCACCCGUGUCCCACCACGCUGCAUUGCUCGUUACGCUCAAACUGUUUUAUUAUUGCAAUACACUGGAAAAUGUAUAAAAUGUUUAUUAAAAUGAUCUGAGAACCUGAAUAAAAAA